GUUUUAUUGUGUGCGUGGGUCAUGUUGUGCAAUUUCACAUUUGAAAGUUUCUUCCGUAUUGAUAGGUUCAUGGAGUAAUAAUAGGAGUAGUGGCUAGAAACUAAUGUAAUGCCUUUAUAUACUUUCCAGCUUUGUUAUUUUUUCCUUGAAGCAAUAUAAUGAAAAACGAGAUGAUCCCAACUUCUGCUCUCAGUUUAUUCUUUUAGCUUACACCAUUAUAAUUAACGGUCUUUGAAAUCAACAUUUGGUAUCAGAGCCUAGAUCUAAAGAGCUUGUGAUAUUCAAUGGCAUCAAGUAACUUCUCCAUCUCUAUUCCAUUGUUCAAAGGAAAUCCAACAGUAGCCCAAAUCAAGAAACAUGAAGAAGAAAUGGCACGAAAGCCAAAGGCACUUUCAUGUAUCCAUGCAGCGGUGUCCGAGGAGAUUUUCACAACAAUCAUGGGUUGUGAGUGUCCUAAAGAAGCAUGGGAGAAAAUCAAAGAGGAGUUCGAAGGCAACCAACAAACCAAACUCAUGCAAAUUCUCAACCUCAAAAGGGAGUUUGAGAUGGUGGGGAUGAAAAGUAACGAAGGUGUCAAAGAAUAUGGGAAUAGGUUGAUGUCCAUUGUCAAUCAAAUCAAAUUACUUGGUGGAGAUUUUUCAAGUCAAAGAGUUGUGGACAAGCUCCUGGUAACUCUUCCGGAGAGAUAUGAGACCAAGAUCUCUUCACUUGAAGAUACUAAAGAUCUCUCAAAAUUAACCGUCUUAGAAUUAAUCAAUUCUCUUCAUGCCGUUG